CGGGAGACUGAGUUGCUACAAAGAGCUGAAAGAGUUGGAAAUGGUCAUUUUAUUGCGUCGGAAUAGCUCGCUCGAGACUUGGCUAAUGUAGUGCUAACGGAGAGCUAGUAACGACAACAGUGUACGUGACUCCGGAGUAGGAAGACAGAGAGCUACUGUGACGCCAUGUCAGUGACACCUGCUUUGAAUACGAGGCCACACCAUCGUAACGAUAUUGAAACAGCGACGCAAACCGUUUUCCAUACCACCGUUUUGAAUACCGGGAUAAUUAUUUGACAUGCAGUGCAAAUCGGUCUAAUCAGUCGUCUCGCACAGUUCGUGUAGAAUGGAUUUGUUCGCUAGGACUGCAAGUGGAGGACAUGCAGGCUUGUCAAAACCCUCAAACAAUGUUCUGGUUCCAUCCAUUAUAAAUGCUACCUAUAUGUGGCCUGUUAUUGCUUCAAGCAUAGCAUGGUGUUGCUCUAUUUCAUAGUACAUGAACAAACCCAUUUAUCCUUAUCUGUCAUUUCAGAACUUGUGAGGUAUCUGUCACUUGGUGUCCCACGGGAGUCCUGCAUGCAAGUUCUUUUUCCCCACUCUAACUGAGCUCUUAAUUUAAUUGACAGUUUAUUCUGUACUAAUAAGUCAUAUCUAAUGGUGUUUGAUUGGAUUUGCAAGUAUGUUGUUUUGGCUGUUUUGCACCUGCAACCCUCCCCUCAACCUCAUAAUGACCAGCACCACAUUACCUGACUACCUGAAAGAUACAAUCUUGAUUUUAGAUAAUGUAAAUGCUGUAGAUGUGUUUGUAUCCAUGUUUGUUUGUUUGUUUGUUUUAAACGCUCCCGUUAAGAUGGCCGUCAGAAAGGACCUGUGGAGAUCGGAGGGGAGGCUUAUACCACGACACUGAAACAAGCACAGCUUUUGGUUUAUGGAUUGUUUGUGAUAAAGCACAGCUCCCUCUCGCACACUCACACUCGUCUUGUUAAUUCAGACGAACAAAUGAUCAACGUCAACAAAUAACCCGAAAUAGUGACUUUGUGCGUUGGAAUCAAUGGUUAUCUGGAGACACCCGGCCACCGCAGACUUGAGCAGCUAAAGGACAUUUCUUUUGGAGAAAGAAAGGAAGAACAAAGGAAUAUUCAAGUGAGAUUGUUUGGGAACCUGAAGAUUACUUUCCUGGGUGUUUUUUUUUUCUUUCUUUCUUUUUUCUUUCUUUCUUUUUGCUCCAGAUCUGAAGUCAGGUGGCGUUCACAGCCAGGAAGUCAUGUCCAGAUCGGGUGAUAGAACAUCCACCUUUGACCCAACACACAGUGACACCCUGCUGCACGGGCUCAACCUCCUGUGGAGGAAACAGCUUUUCUGUGAUGUGACUCUCACUGCCCAGGGACAGCAGUUCCACUGCCACAAAGCCGUGCUGGCGUCCUGCUCCCAGUAUUUCAGGUCGCUCUUCUCCUCCCACAAUGUCAUCAACAGCGAGGGGAGCAAAGGGGACCAGGGCAGCAGCGGCACCCCCUCAUCCUCCCCCGAUGACAAGCUGGUGACCCCCAGCGCCAGGCCCAUCAAUAACCUGGUGCUCCAGGGCUGCUCCUCCAUCGGACUGCGAUUGGUGCUGGAGUACCUCUACACUGCCAACGUGACUCUCUCCCUGGACACAGUGGAAGAGGUGCUGUCAGUCAGCAAGAUCCUCAACAUCCCCCAGAUCACUAAGCUCAGUGUGCAGUUCCUCAACGACCAGAUCUCGGUGCAGAACUACAAGCAGAUCUGCAAGAUCGCCGCGCUCCACGGACUGGAUGAGACCAAGAAGCUGGCCAACAAGUACCUGGUGGAGGACGUGCUCCUGCUGAACUUUGAGGAGAUGUGCGCCAUGCUGGAUGCUCUGCCGCCCCCGGUGGAGUCGGAGCUGGCUCUCUUCCAGAUGUCAGUCCUCUGGCUAGAGCAUGACCGGGAGACUCGCAUGCACUACGCCCCGGACCUUAUGAAGAGGCUCCGCUUCGCCCUCAUACCUGCCCCGGAGCUGGUGGAGAGGGUGCAGUCGGUUGACUUCAUGAGGAGUGACCCCGUGUGCCAGAAACUGCUCAUGGAUGCCAUGAACUACCACCUGAUGCCCUUCAGGCAGCACUGCAGGCAGACCACGGCCAGCAGAAUCCGUUCCAAUAAGAGGCUGCUGUUACUGGUGGGUGGUUUGCCUCCUGGACCCGAUCGUCUCCCCAGCAAUUUGGUCCAGUACUAUGACGACGAGAAAAAAACAUGGAAGAUCCUCACAAUAAUGCCUUACAACAGUGCCCAUCACUGUGUGGUGGAGGUGGAGAACUUCCUGCUGCUGAUGGGCGGAGAGGACCAGUGGAACCCCAAUGGAAAGCACAGCACUAAUUUUGUGAGCCGCUAUGAUCCCAGAUUCAACAGUUGGAUACAGUUGCCCCCGAUGCAGGAGCGGAGAGCCAGUUUCUUCGCCUGCCGCCUGGAUAAGCACCUGUACGUGAUUGGUGGUAGGAAUGAGACGGGCUACCUCUCCAGCGUGGAGUCCUACAACCUGGAGACUAAUGAGUGGAACUACGUGUCGUCCCUGCCGCAGCCGCUGGCCGCCCAUGCAGGAGCAGUACAUAACGGCAAGAUCUACAUAUCAGGAGGAGUGCACAAUGGAGAGUACGUGUCCUGGCUCUACUGUUAUGACCCCGUAAUGGAUGUGUGGGCUCGGAAGCAGGAUAUGAACACAAAGCGGGCUAUUCAUGCCCUGGCUGGAAUGAACGACCGCCUGUACGCUAUUGGUGGAAACCAUUUGAAAGGUUUCUCUCACCUAGACGUGAUGUUGGUCGAGUGUUACGACCCGAAGGCUGACCAGUGGAACAUCCUGCAGACACCCAUCCUGGAAGGUCGCAGUGGCCCGGGCUGUGCUGUCCUGGAUGACAGCAUCUUCCUCGUGGGCGGUUACAGCUGGAGCAUGGGAGCCUAUAAGUCUUCCACCAUCUGCUACAGCCCAGAGAAAGGAACAUGGACAGAGUUGGAGGGAGAGGUGGCAGAGCCUUUGGCGGGCCCAGCCUGUUCCAACGUCAUCCUGCCCGCCUGCCUUCCUUUUAACAAAUGACAACUAAUCCGACCAACGGGCGGCGAGAAGCAGCAGAGAGACUGGGGGGAGCACCAUCAAUAAAACAGUUGUCAACAACUUUGUGACAAACCCUCCGGUCAGAUGACGAGGGUGUGUAUAAAUUAUUUUUUUACAGGUUUGACCAGAGCACUUUCGUUAUUCCCAACUGAAGGUAUGAAAAAAAAGAAAAAAAAGAAAGAGAAGAACAUUGUGUAACUCAUGUAUUUAAUCUCAUCUGUGUUAUGAGAAAUGGUCGGUUUCAUAUUUGAUUUUCGUUUGAACUGAUAGUAAGUGUUUUUUGCCUUCUCUUCUAUAGCACGCAUAGUGUUGAGCUGAAUUAUAGCUUUCAAACUCAUUGUAUCUCGUAUUCAGUAGAGGCAUAAUUCCAGCAGAAUGCAGUUGUUGUUUUACGGACUGACACCGGGAGAAAAGGUGACCUGUCACGUUGGCGUUAAGUUACACUAGAGCUGGGUGAGUUACAUUUAUUGUGAUGAUCAAAGUGUAUAAAUAUUCUUCAUCACUCAUAUUAUUAGUCAUUUUGCUCUGGCCUGGAGUGUGCACCGACCCUGCCGUGUCACAUGGUCGGAUCAUUAUGCAACUGUUUUGUUGUCUUUCUCUGAAAAAAGGGACAUUUGCCGAAAACCUUUCCGUACAGCAGCUUUCCUUGUUUAUCUGAUGUGGUAUAAGUAAAAUGAACUUGUGAUAGACCUGCACGCAAGUCUACCAGGGUCCAAGCAGUCUGCACAACCUGGACGUGUGAGCAACAAGGUGGACAUUGUAAAAAAAAACAACAACACACAAUUACACACUGAUCUUUAUGAGGAAGCCCUAACUUUUAGUAACUAAUCAUCGUGAUAAUUUGCGCCCAGGCUAAAGUCGUGUUUCUGUACAACUUGUUGAACAGAGAGUUCCUUACAGGUUAUCUGCUUGACAGGACCAAAAAAAAAAGAGAAAGAAAUCUUGCCAAAAGUUUAUGGCAGCCAAUCUUCAUGCUGCGAGCGAAACGAGUUAAGGAUUUCCCAUUGAUUCUUAAUGUUCAUAAGACGCACUAAUGUUCACGUUACUUAUACAAUGAUGGUACAAUCAAAUUGUAAUUGCUAGCCAGUGUAUUUAUGGGUAGCAUGUUUGGGUAAACAGAUGGCGAGGACGUUUGUUUGGUUCGUUCCCCUUUACAAGUUAAUGCUAACAGGUCUGUUUAUGAGGCCACACAGCGUUACCUUGAUGGGAUAUUAAUCUUUAAUGUAUGAAAAACAAACAAAACAAACACAAAAUGGUCCUUAAUGCACUAAAAGUGAACUUUUGAUUCAACAGACAAAGUUCACUAAAAUGUAAAUUGAUUAAUGUGAUGUGUUUAAAAAAAGAAAUAUCUCUAAGUCCGGUCUAGUCUACGUUAUUAGGUUGAAAAAGACGACUCUAAAUAUCGAUGCGGUACCUGUUGAAUUCUGUACAGAUUUGUUGAUUUCAUUCUUGUACAUAAUCGCUUGCAGUGAAACAUUUUGUGCACUCAACCUUGGAUUUAUUCUCAAAUCCUGUUAUGUCCUUUGAAUUUUAGAAUAUGAAAAUAAAUUGACUCUUGAUGAUGAAAAUA